CCAUAUCCCUUAACUAGGGGGCUCGCCCAAUAUCUCCCCCCAGCAUCUUCAAAGAAUAAAUCUCUUCCAUUUGAUGAAGCAACUACAUUUGCAGCCUAUCAAAAACAACCUGUAGAUGACGGCCUGAAAAAAGUUGUGCGCUGUUUAAAGAACCCUUUAAACUUAUUCCAUGAAAUUAUUCUUCGCGCUCAAUUUUCUGUCACAAUUAAAUUGGAUUCUGGCGACAUCCAGCCACUGUAUUGGGAGCUGACCAUCAGAGCGGCUCGUAUAGACCUUCAUUGUGGACUAGAUGCACUUGGAGUUAUUUAUCAAGGUCUCUUUCACAGUAAAAUUUUAUUAAAGCAUGUUCAGCAGAUUCUUGAUGAAGAUAAAGGGAAUAAUGCAUGUGCUGAUUUAAAAAAGUCUAGCAAAGAAGUACAGAAGCUAAGAGAAUUGAAUGAAAAUCUUCUAAACUUAAACAAGUUCCUUGAUUGUGUUUUACUACAUUAUUCCAGUUUGAACUGCAGUUUACCAUCUAGUACAUUAAUUAAAGAGAUAAAACACACAACAAAAAAGAUAUAUCAAGUCAUAAAACAGUUGAAGUCAGAUAGCGUAGAAAGUGUGGUUCUUAACAGCGUUUUAACGGAAGAAGAUGUUCUCUGCUCUGUACUUGGUUUGAACGAUGAUUUUGCCAACAGGCUUAGAAAUUUGAGUGAAGAAAUGAGACAGCACAAAACUGAUAUGUAUUUCUUGCUGUGCUUCAUAAAGGAAGGUUAUGAUUCCCUUAACGUAGAAAGUUUGCAUGAUACUGAUGAAGUAGCUCGCUUGCAGAAAAUGGGUUUUACAGAAAACCGAUCAAAUGUUAUUGCCAAGUGGAUUGCUGAGCAGCCUUUUCCCAGACACAAAUCCCUUUUCGCUUGGGCUCAGAUUUAUAUAGAAAACUUGUUCAAGUAUGAUAUUUUUUUAAAUGAUCAUGUUAGCAGAUUCCCAUACGAAGAACAUCGCUUGAAUGAAUGGUUUAGUGUGGAUGCAGGUUGUGAUGAAAGUGAGGAUGGUUGUGUGUCUCAAGUGUCUGUAAUCAACACAACUACACAUAAAGAUGCCUGUCGCAUAGCUGACAGAACGAAAGCGGAAUUCGAAGCGAACAGUCCAAAAGAAAACUUUUAUUUCCAUGGCACUGAUCACAAAAGUGCUCAAAAUAUUCUUGAAAAUGGCAUCAAUUUGCGUGAAGGUCAAAAAGGUUGCGACUUUUCUCACGGAUGUGGGUUUUACGUAGCAGAUAAGUUUGAGUGUGCCCUAGAAUAUGCAAUGAAGAGCAAAGCUGCAGCUGUAGUAUUGUUCAACCUUAAUGAUGAUUGUUUGAAGAAAGGUCUUGAUUUAUCUGAUCCCGAGAGGCAUCAGGACUUGCAAUCUGUGAGGGAGUAUUUCCAGUCUGGUGAGCCACGAAACCACAGACUAAGUAAGAAACUAUACAAGAAUGUAAAAAAUUGCAAUUACAUUAUUGGGCCAAUAAGCAGAGAUGGUAUCUCGAGGAAUAACACAUGGGAAGAUGUGCAGCAAAUUUGCGUAAGAAACCAAAAAAUGGCCGAUGAAAUUGGACGUCCACCACAUGUAGUAGGCAUUGUAUUUUUAAAUUUGGAGGAUGCCCAGUUAGCUCGCAAGAACUAA